AUGUCUCUCUUUGUUCUUGCCGAGACGCCCGCAGGCUACGGCCUGUUCAAGUCUGCGGACAAGAAACUCUUCAAAAAUGACGACCUCGCUGCCGAGCUCGGUCGCCCCGAGAAGUUGGUAGAAAUGCUCAAGUUGAAAAAGUUUGUCAAGUUUGAAAGCGCCGCCAUGGCCCUCGAAGAGGCCGCCGCACUUAAGGAGGGCAAGGUCCCCGAACUCCUCUCUUCGAUUCUUGAGGAUCUCAAAUCCGAGAAGAAGGCCUCCAUCGCCGUCGCCGACAUGAAACUCGGUACCGCCAUCUCCAACCUUCCCGACCUGAACAUCUCCCCCGUUGCUGGCUCCAACACGAUGGAUGUCUUCCGUGGCAUCCGUGAGCAUCUCCCUUCGCUCAUUCCCGGUCUCAACCAGGAGAGCAUCGAUCGCAUGUCGCUUGGUCUCUCUCACUCGAUGUCUCGCCACAAGCUCAAGUUUUCUGCCAACAAGAUUGAUUCCAUGAUCAUCCAGGCCAUCAAGCUUCUCGACGACAUGGAUAAGGAGCUCAAUGUCUAUGCCAUGCGUACCAAGGAAUGGUAUGGUUGGCACUUUCCCGAGAUGGCUAAGAUUCUUGGCGACAACUUGGCCUACGCUCGCCUCGUUCUCAAGGUCGGCAUGCGUGAAAAGAUGUCCGAGUCUGAUCUAUCCGAUAUUCUUCCCGAGGAGAUGGAGGCUGCUAUCAAGGCCGCUUCUGAAAUCAGUAUGGGUACUGAGAUUACCGAGGAGGACCUGCACAAUAUCCAGCUCCUCGCCGAGCAAGUCAUCGUUUACACCAACUACCGUGCCGAGCUCUCUUCCUACCUCGAGAGCCGUAUGCGCGCCAUUGCUCCCAACCUGACUGCUCUUGUUGGCUACCUCGUUGGUGCCCGCCUCGUCGCCCACGCCGGUUCUCUCCUCAGCCUCGCUAAAGCCCCUGGUUCCACUGUUCAGAUUCUCGGUGCCGAGAAGGCUCUAUUCCGUGCCCUCAAGACCAAGCACGACACGCCAAAGUAUGGUCUCAUCUACCACUCUUCCCUGAUCGGUCAGGCAACUGGCCGCAACAAGGGUAAGAUUGCCCGUAUGCUGGCUGCCAAGACUGCUCUUGGUCUCCGUGUAGAUGCCCUCGGCGACUACGACGAGGACGCAGAAGAUGAUGAGCGUGCCAUGCUCGGUCUGACUAGCCGCAUUAAGCUCGAGAACCACCUUCGCAAACUUGAGGGUCGCCCUCUGCUGCCCAAGGGUACCAAUGUCGCUCCCUCUGGUGAGAUCAUGGCUCCGGGCCAGUUCACCCUCAAGGAGACGCGCCGCUACAACGUCGAUGCCGAUGGUGUAGAGGAUGAGGCCGAUGCUACCACUAACGGCGACUCGAAGAAGAGCAAGAAGGACAAGAAGGAAAAGAAGGAAAAGAAGCAAAAGAAGAUUGAGGUUGUCGAGGUGGACGAGGAGAUGGAAGACGCCGAUAGCGACGACGAGGACGUCUCCACACCAAAGGUUGCCAAGCUGUCAAAGUCCGAGUACGAGCGUCUGGCUGACCUUGCCGGCCUAUCCGUCAAGAAGUUCAAGCGCAAGUACGAGCGCGGCGACAUCCAGAUCGAGGGCGGCGAGCCCCGCGUCUUCUCCAAGAAGGAGAUGAAGAAGCUCCGCAAAGAGGCCACCGCCACGCCGACCAAGGCUGCCGCCGACGAGGGCAAGAAGAAGAAGCGCAAGCACGACUCGGACGACGAGGACGAGCCCGAGCCGAAGAAGGAGAAGAAGCAUAAGAAGAAGAAGCAAUCUGAGGCUUAG